UAUUGUUCAAGCGUCACAUGCCAGCUCCGCGCUGCACGUGCGGGGCGCACAGCGUUGCCUGAGGAGGAGGCGCCGGGCAGUGCGCAUGUUCCAGAGUAAACACCGAGCACAUGGCAGACCUGGAGUCAUCGUUUCAGCACUGGACAGCUCUCUCCGCGCGCGCUUCUGGGGCAUGUGUGAAGUGACCGUCCGUCACAGCUGGUGGGGGGGGGGCACGAGCGUUGAGCAUGCACUGGCAGACCUCACAGCCUUCUCCGCGCGACCGCUGCCGACGCCGAGCCUCGAGACAUGAGCAUCCCGGAGUUCCUCCUGGAACUGUCCCUCGUGGCCAUAGCUGUCGUCUCGCUGCUGACCAAUCUGUCGGUGCUGCUGUGCUUCACCCAGAGCGCCGAGCUGCGAUCCCACGUGCCCGGCAUCUUCAUCCUAAACCUGUCCUUCUCCAACAUCCUCCUCACCGUCAUCAACGUGCCCGCCACUUUCCUCGGAGUGGCCAAAGGCGCGCCGCCCCUCGGCGACUUGCUCUGCCCGGCUGUGAGUUUCGCUGAGACUUUCCUCACCGCCAACGCCAUGCUGAGCAUGGCCGCGCUGAGCAUGGACCGCUGGGUCGCCGUGGUCUUCCCCCUCAGGUACUCCAGCAAGAUGCGCUACAGGGACGCGUGUCUGAUCGUGGCGUGCUCCUGGCUGCACUCGCUCUCCUUCUCCCUGACCCAGCAGCUCAUGGCCUGGGGAGGGUACAGCCACACGUACGCGUCGUGCACGGUCCGCCCGGACGGGCACACGAGGUCGCAGCUGGCCGCCUAUGCGAGCUUCACGGCGCUGUUCCACUGCAGCAGCUUCGCGCUCUGCCUCCUCGUGCUGUGCUUCGCCUACCUGAGGGUCCUGAGAGUGGCCAGGUCCCACUGCAAGAUGAUCGAUGUCAUCACGGUGCACGCUCUGAUUCUGUUGGUUGACAUCCCCCCCAGUGUGAAGGAGAGGUGUCUAGCUGAGCAGAAGAAGAGGAGGCAGCGCGCCGCUAAAAAGAUUAGCAUCUUCAUCGGCACCUUCGUCCUCUGCUUCUCACCCUACGUCAUUACCAGGUUGGUGGAGUUGUUGCCCUCGGUGCACGUCCCCCGGUACUGGGGCAUAACAGCCAAAUGUCUGUCCUACGCCAAGACGUCCAGCGACCCGUUUGUGUACUGUCUGCUGCGGCAGCAGUACAGGAAGGUCCUGGUCGGGGUCGUCAGGCGCCUUCUGAGACAGAAGCCCUACGCGCUGUCCGUCCACAGCGCCAGCAGCACCUUGGACACCACCACCGACGACAGCUGCGUGGCCAGGAUCACCUGAGCUGGGGGCGCGAAACAUUUUGAAACGAUUCAACAUCCGCGUCCUUUCCCGCAGGGAGGUCAGAGGUCAGGGUUUUCGGAGGAGCAGCAGCCCCGCAGACGGAACCGGAACGGAGUCGGUGUCUUGCUCAAGGACAGUUUGACACAGGGGUGGACCACAGUGUGUGUCCAAUGAGACGCACUGUGAUGUGUGCCAACGGCCUCCUCAGCCUCUACAGACUGCUGUUCCACAGGCUUGGCAUUUAGCCAAAAACACACCACAUGAAACCUACAUUAAAUUAUUAGGUUUCUUAUAUGUACGUUUGCUUAUGACUUUAAUCAAUGGACAUGUAUGGUUUGAAGAAACCUGGAUUUCUUCUGAAGUGGUCUUCAUGUUUCAGGGAAAGAACUGGAAAUAUGUUCAUUCUGAUGACAGUUUGGAAGUUUAUAAGUGUUCAUUAGUGACAUUUCUAACAUGUUGAGUGCACAAAUGUGUGGAGCUGUUAUAUCACUGCAAAAACACAGAUUCAA